UACUUCGUGUUUUUCCAAUAAAGAAAAGGCAAGCUAACAUUCUAACUGGUGCACUAGCCAAGUUUAUCGACUUACAAUCUUCGACAAACUAACGGACCCGACAAUAGCCUUAUUAUUAAUCAACAUUUGGUGCCGUGUCCAGAUUUCUUCACUUUUACCAUCGAAGAAGAAGACGAAGAAGCAUUUAGAAAAAAAAGAAAAUUACGUCAAUCGUCGAAUGUAUCACCAAAGCAGUAUGACUCACCGGAUCGAUCAAUCAAACACGUCUUGUUUUGAUUGUAUAUACAGGUAUCAUUAUACAAUUACCGCAUGUUCGCAUACAAUUUGUAUUAGCUGCUUACAUGCAGCAAUUGAGGAGAAGAUCCAGCUGCAAUUAGAAACAUUCAUUUGUCCUAGAUGUUCCAAUAAAGAAGAUUCAACACAGUUAAAUCCACAACAAUCAGUUGUUGAACCAUCAUCGAAAGCUCGUCAACGUAAUAAAAAUAAACCGGAAUCAGCUCAAAUUCUUCAUGCUCAAUUACAUUCUGUUCAACAUAAACAUGAACCAACACAAGUAAAUCAACUUCAACAACAAGAAUAUAUUCAAACACUUGAAUUACAAUUAAAACGUCUUACAGAAGAAAAUAUUCAUUUAAUUAAUACUGGAGCUUCUACAAAUGUUAAAAUCCAAGUAUUAGGUGAACAAAUUAAAAAAUUAUCAAUUGAUAAUGCUAAUUUGGAAAAACAAGCACAUCGUAAUGAAUUAUUAGCUAAAGAAGCCCAAAAAGAAAAAGAAGCUUUAAUUCGAUAUAAUGAACAAUUAGCACAGUCUCUUCCAAAUGUGGAAAAAGACUUAAAACGUAUCGAAGAAAUACUUCAUGAACAAUUAAAUGAAAGUCAAACAUCAUAUUUACAUGAAAUCGAUCAAUAUAAACGUCGCAUUGCACAACUUGAAACUGAUAAUGAACAAUUUGAAAAAGAAAUCUAUCAAUUAAAACAAACAAUUGAUUUAAAUCAACAAAAAGAACAUGAAUAUAAUGAUUUACAACAACAAUUAACUAAAGAAAUUGAAGAAUAUAAAAAAACAAAUUGA